GAGGUGACAUUCCCGAGUCCGAGCCGCCGCCGACAUCGCCACCAUGGAUGAACAAGAAGCAUUGGAUUCGAUCAUGAAGGAUCUGGUGGCCCUCCAGAUGAGCCGACGUUCCCGGCUGCCUGGAUAUGAGCCCAUGAAGAACAAGGACACGGGUCACUCAAAUAGGCAGAGUGACGUCAGAAUCAAGUUUGAGCACAACGGGGAGAGGCGAAUUAUUCCAUUCAGCCGACCUGUGAGAUACGAAGAUGUGGAGCACAAGGUGGCAAUGGUAUUUGGGCAGCCUCUGGAACUACAUUACAUGAACAAUGAGCUCUCCAUCCUGCUGAAAAACCAAGAUGAUCUUGACAAGGCAAUUGACAUUUUGGAUAGAAGCUCAAGCAUGAAAAGCCUUAGGAUACUGUUGCUGUCCCAGGACAGAAACCAUACCACUUCCUCUCCCCACUCUGGGGUGUCCAGGCAGGUGCGGAUCAAGGCUUCCCAGUCUGCGGGGGAUAUAAAUACCAUCUACCAGCCUCCUGAGCCCAGAAGCAGGCACCUCUCUGUGGGCUCCCAGAAUCCUGGCCGAAGCUCACCUCCCCCUGGUUAUGUGCCAGAGCGCCAGCAGCGCAUCGCCCGGCAGGGCUCCUACACCAGCAUCAACAGUGAGGGGGAGUUCAUCCCAGAGACCAGCGAGCAGUGUAUGCUGGAUCCUCUGAGCAGUGCGGAAAACUCCUUGUCGGGAAGCUGCCAGUCCUUGGACAGGUCGGCAGACAGCCCAUCAUUCCGGAAAUCACGGAUGUCCCGAGCCCAGAGUUUUCCAGACAACAGGCAGGAGUAUUCAGAUCGGGAAACUCAGCUCUAUGACAAAGGAAUCAAAGGUGGAACCUACCCCAGGCGCUACCACGUGUCUGUGCACCACAAGGACUACAAUGACGGCAGGAGAACAUUUCCAAGAAUACGCCGCCAUCAAGGCAACUUGUUCACCCUGGUGCCCUCCAGCCGCUCUCUGAGCACAAAUGGCGAGAACAUGGGUCUGGCCGUGCAGUACCUGGACCCCCGCGGACGCCUGCGGAGUGCAGACAGCGAGAACGCCCUUUCUGUGCAGGAGAGGAACGUGCCAACCAAGUCUCCUAGUGCCCCCGCCAACUGGCGCCGGGGGAAACUUCUGGGCCAGGGUGCCUUUGGCCGGGUUUAUCUGUGCUAUGACGUCGACACGGGGCGUGAACUUGCUUCCAAGCAGGUCCAGUUUGACCCAGACAGUCCUGAGACAAGCAAGGAGGUGAGCGCUCUGGAGUGUGAGAUCCAGCUGUUGAAGAACUUGCAGCAUGAGCGCAUCGUGCAGUACUACGGCUGCCUGCGGGACCGCGCUGAGAAGACACUGACCAUCUUCAUGGAGUACAUGCCUGGGGGCUCAGUGAAAGACCAGCUGAAGGCCUACGGUGCCCUGACGGAGAGCGUGACCCGCAAGUACACCCGGCAGAUCCUGGAGGGUGUGUCGUACCUGCACAGCAAUAUGAUUGUUCACCGGGACAUCAAGGGAGCCAACAUCCUUCGAGACUCUGCUGGGAACGUGAAGCUGGGGGACUUUGGGGCCAGUAAGCGCCUGCAGACCAUCUGUAUGUCGGGGACUGGCAUGCGCUCAGUAACGGGCACACCGUACUGGAUGAGCCCUGAGGUGAUCAGCGGUGAGGGCUAUGGAAGGAAGGCAGACGUAUGGAGCCUGGGCUGUACUGUGGUGGAGAUGCUGACAGAGAAGCCACCUUGGGCCGAGUAUGAAGCCAUGGCCGCCAUCUUCAAGAUUGCCACCCAGCCUACCAACCCUCAGCUGCCCUCCCACAUCUCUGAACACGGGCGGGACUUCCUGCGGCGCAUUUUUGUGGAGGCCCGCCAGAGACCUUCGGCUGAGGAGCUGCUCACGCACCACUUUGCACAGCUUGUGUACUGAGCUCUAGGCCACGCUGCUGCCGGCCGCCUGCUGCGUAGGCAUGGGGCUGCUGGGGGCUCAGCAAAGUUGCUGCUUCUCCUGGGCCAGGCUGUGGACCAUAGAGCCACAGUCCAGCCAGCGUUUGCUGGGUCUCCUCCUGCCCCAGGGCUUACAGAGCCACGAUGAGGGGCCACAGCCUCAAGGACUGGGAGCCCCCAGCCUGUCCGACCAGAGCUCCAGCACUCGGAGCUCAGCGUGAAAGGGAAGGGACCAGGAACCGUGUGCCAUGGCCUAGCUUCUGAGGGAGCUGCGUCCUGACUCUGCUGUCAGCACCGAGGCCCUGAGGUCUGGGCCCCAGGGCUUGCACAGGGUGUGAACAGUGUUAGUU